ACUUUCUGGGCACAGUUUUCCAGGAUUCUACAGGACGAUUAAGCCUCUCACACAAGAAGGAUGAUUCUUAGCCACUUACCACUUUAUUCUGCCAGGAAAUUUCCGAGGUGACAUUUGUUUAUUAGCGCAGUGGAGAAACUUCCGGACAAUGUCUGCAUCUUUCAAGUUCUACUACGAUCUUCUCUCUCCGCCAUCCAGAGCUCUGAUCACCUUAUUCCGCGUGGCGAACAUCCCGGCAGAACCUAUUCCUGUCGCCCUACGGAAGAGGGAGCACUUGACUGAAGAGUACCGGAGAGAUGUGAACAGGUUCCCGAAGAUCCCCGUCAUUCACGACAAUGGCUUCAGGCUGUCGGAAAGCGUGGCAAUCUUGAGGUACUUGAAGAAAACCCGGGGAUUUGAUGAUUUCUGGUAUCCGGAAGAUGCUAAAGCUCGAGCGCUUGUGGAUGAGUAUCUCUCGUGGACGCACAACAACAUCCGCAUCGCUGCGGGCAUGUAUUUCUUCGCCAAGUGGCGCGAUCCGCUGAUGACUGGCCAGAAGCCGGACGAGAAGAAGGUGAAGAAGCUCGAGACUCAACUAUCAAAUACUCUGGAUGUGAUUGAGAAUGUCUGGCUGAAGACGACGCCCUAUAUUGCCGGCGAGAACAUAACUGUGGCGGAUAUCUUUGCGGCCUGCGAUAUUGAGCAGCCUCGCGUUUGUGGCUUCGAUCCUUUGGCUUCCCGGCCUAGAAUGACUGCUUGGUUUGGCCGCGUGAAGGCAAAGCUCGAUCCUGCUUUCACAGAGCAUCAUCAGUUCGUCUACAAGUACGCUCAGAAGUCUCAAGAGCCCGCCAAACUGUGAGAAAUUCUCCAGCGCGCCGGCGUGACUUCCACAAAUUCC